UGGUGGCUUUUUGGGGUUCUCUCUGCUUUUACAGAUGCAGGCUAGGCUCCACUCUAUCAGCUCUAUUUCAUAUGGUGAAAUGGAUGACUGGGAGAACAACAAUGACUUCAUUCAGAGGCUGGAUUUUUCUAACUGUGGAGAAGAGGGUGAAGACAGAAGCAUUAACGAGGAGGACACAUUGAGUUCCAGCCCAGUCAAGAGCUGUGACUUCCAGAAGUGGAACAGUCCUCUCCCUGCAACUCCUCACAGGAAGCUCAGUGAGAUUUUCCUGAGCAGGACUAAAUCCUGGAUGAGCCCUACCCUGAAAUCCUCCCCAGGUGUGAGCAGGACUCGUGGCAAUGCAGAGACACCGCUGCACAUCACUUGGAAGAAGCUGCAGCUCUGUGACACCCCACACACUCCCAAGAGCCUGUUAUCAAAGACAGCUUUUCCUUCACCUGGAGCAAAGGUCCCACCCAAAGGCUUCAGACAUCUGGGAUUUACUCCUGGUGCUGACUUGGAUGACUCCACUCAAGCUUCUCUUGUCAACAUUAAUCCCUUUACACCAGAGUCGUACCGACAAAUGCUCUUUCUUCCCAAUGGCAAGCGGAAAGCCAGAGAGAUAAGGAAUCCUGAUCUAAGAGGCCAGGUAAAACAGGAGCUAGCCACCAAGAGGUGUCCUCUGAAAGACAGCAAUAUGGUUUCCCGCUACCAGAAGGAAUUCCUGGAACUGGAAAGGAUUGGUGUAGGGGAAUUUGGUUCUGUCUACAAAUGCAUCAAGCGCCUUGACGGAUGUGUUUAUGCCAUCAAACGCUCCAAGAGGCCUCUGGCAGGAUCCUCAGAUGAGCAGCUGGCAUUGCGUGAGGUUUAUGCUCAUGCGGUCCUUGGACACCACCCCCAUGUUGUGCGCUACUACUCAGCAUGGGCAGAAGAUGAUCACAUGAUUAUACAAAAUGAACACUGUAAUGGUGGGAGUCUCCAAGAUGUGCUUCUGGAAAAUGCAAAGCAUGGUCAGUAUUUCCCUGAAACAAAGCUGAAAGAAAUUUUGUUACAAGUCUCCAUGGGACUAAAAUACAUCCACAACUCUGGCCUUGUGCACUUGGAUAUCAAACCUAGUAAUAUCUUUAUCUGUCACAAGCUGGCAGUUGAGGGCCAAGCUGGGCAGGAAGAGAGUGACAGUGAUGAUGAGUUCUCUUCUGGUGUGAUGUAUAAGAUUGGUGAUCUUGGCCACGUGACAUCAAUAGCAAACCCUCAAGUGGAGGAGGGAGACAGACGGUUUUUAGCCAAUGAAAUUUUGCAGGAGCAAUACUUCCAUUUGCCAAAGGCAGACAUCUUUGCCCUGGCGCUCACAGUAGCUCUGGCAGCAGGUGCAGGACCAUUGCCUCACAAUGGGGCCAUGUGGCACCACAUCCGCAAGGGCAAUAUCCCAUUGAUCCCUCAGAAGCUUCCCAAUGGCUUUAUUGAACUCCUGAAGCUCAUGAUCCAUCCUGACCCAAUGGAAAGACCCUCUGCCACAGCUCUUACUAAGCACCCAAUCCUCCGUCCUUCACUUGGAAAAGCUGUGCAGCUCCAGAAGCAGCUAAAUGUGGAGAAGUGUAAGACUGCCAUGCUGGAAAGGGAACUAAAAGCAGCUCGCCUUGCCCAGACCCUCAUGAAGGACCAGCCCUUAGGAAAUGCCAACUUACAGAAGUCUGAGACCUCUCCAAAGAAGAACAACAAGCGCCUUGUGGGAGGAAAGAGUUGUCGCUCAUUUAGCUUUACUGUGGGUUACUGAACUUCUGUUAUUUGAAAGGCUCUUGCUGCUGAAUGACACUGAGAGCACAGGCUCUGCACAGACCAAUGCCCCAUGCUAGCUCUGCUUGUAAAUUUUAUUUGUUCCCUCAUUAACUAUGGUGAGAUACUGGCUGAGGAAAGGGAAGAAUUAUUAGCUUUCAAGCAUAAGAUGCGAUUUAAGAAUAUUUUCCUCAGUAUUGAUGUUUUCUUGUGUAACUGGUCUUGUUCUAGAGUAAGGAUAGUUCAUCCACAGAAAGAAAAGGAUGGCAUUUCCUCUAAUUUCCUCUACUUCCCUUUGCUUAGAUGGACACUGAUCUUUAUGUUUUUACUGCUGAUCUCUUGUACGUCUUUAGAAGGAAGACAGCAUGUCCUGCUGGUCCUUAGCACUGAGGCAGUUGAAACAAUGGUAUUAUGUUAACUAUGUUUGGAGGCAGACCUGUUACACAGCAAUCCUGGUGGACUUGGAAUGCAUUUGGAGUGGUAUUUCAUUGAGGGAGCAAAGAGUAGACUGCUUUUAGUUAAGGGGGCCCCACUGAUUGAGCUGAAGUCGUCCCCCCCCCCCCUUAUCUUUGAGCAAUGAGUCAAUCACAGCUGAAGUGGCUGAGCUUUUGCAGACCAGACCCUGAAGCCUGGCCUGUGCAGAUAGGAAAGGACUUGGCAUCAAGUGGGGGUUGUACCUCCAGUAUGCAGGUAGGUGGCUCUGCAUGCCUAUGGGAAAUGGAAACUUCUGGGAUCUUGCUCAUGGAGCAGCUCCACCUUCCUGAAGAAUCGGCUUUUAAGCAAUGGUGAGGGAAGCUAGAAAACAUU